GACAUUCAGGGAGAAGGAGCCAUUACAGUCAGCUCUGUUGUGGAAUCGUUUUUUUAGGAAAAUUCCUGCGUUUUAAAACACAUUCCUAUUUUUGUACUGACUACAAUAAUGGAGCCAUUCUCUGACCAGAUUGUGAUGUUCAUGCUGGCUGCAAGCAUGGAGGAAGAGAGUGCUGCUGAACAUCAGGAUCAAGAUCAGCAAAUGUCUGCAUUGGGUGAGCCAGUUUUGCGGGUUUCAUUUCCACGUCCACGCCAGUAUCGCACUAGGCGUGAACUGGAGGAUCUCAGCGAGUUCGAGGUGAUACAAAAUUAUCGCUUAUCGACUCGCGACAUAUAUUCGCUGUACGCUCUGUUGGAGGCCGACCUGGAACCUCGGGCACGGUCCAACCGUGCAGUCAGCGGUUUCCAGAAACUGCUGGGUACGUUACAUUUUUUGGCGUCAGGCACAUUCCAGCCUACACUGUCUCAAACAUGCGGUUUUUCACAGUCGACACUGUCGCGCUGUAUAACCCAGGUCAUUAGGGCUUUCCGCAAAUUGACGAUCCAGUACAUCACAUUUCCAGAGACGGAUAGCGAAUGUCGUGAGAUCAAAUUAGGCUUUUUCACCAAAUACAAAUUUCCCAAUGUGCUGGGCGCGAUUGACUGUACCCACGUGCAGAUCAGACCGCCACGGAAUUCAGAAGAAUGUUUUCGGAACCGAAAACAUUUCCAUUCCCUGAAUGUACAGGCGGUCUGUGAUGUCAACAUGAGAUUUUUGAACAUUUUUGUGGGAUUUCCUGGAUCGUCUCACGACUCCUUCAUCCUAAGCCAGUCAUCGCUGUUUGACAAGUUCGAAACAGGAAACAUGCCUGGUGGCUGGCUGUUAGGUGAUGCGGGUUAUCCAAACAAAUCGUGGCUCUUGACCCCAUUGUCUAAUCCUGUUGGUAGAGCAGAAAAACGUUACCAAGAGACACACAUUGCAUCGAGGCAAAUAAUUGAACGUGCCUUCGGUGUACUUAAAAGCCGGUUUCGAUGUUUAGACACUUCCGGCGGUGCUCUUUUGUACUCACCGGCGAAUGUUUGCGGCAUGGUAAAUGCAUGUUGUAUUUUACACAACAUAUGUGUCGCAAACCGUUUGCCGGUGACUCUUCGUCGCAGUGAUUUCCGACGCGGGAACCGUUCUUCUGCUGUACCGGUGGGUAUGGAUGAAGGAGAUGAUUCCCGGCGGACAGUGAUACAAAACUUUUUUUCGGUUGCCUAGUUUUACGUCCUGUUGAUGUGCAUUCCCAGGCCUGUUUUGUCCUGUUGACGAAUCGUUACCCCCUGAUUUCUCCUGUUGUUGGUUUGCUGCAAAUUUUGGACCAUUUUAUCCAACUCUACCAUGGGCGACCUACUUGUGAUGUGGACCUGACCCUCCGCCAUGUAGCAGACAAC